AUGACUUUACUGAGAAGCGAUGCAAUGACCAAAACGAAACGAAAAUGAAACGCGCGUUUUGAUUUUCUCCUUCGUCCUUAUAAAACCCAGCACGUGUCAUAGCAGUUGAGGGAAAAGCAUCAGUGAAGAAGAAGAAGAAACAACAAUGGAGAAGUAUCAGAUCUGGAUCGCGUUCGGUGCACUCGCGGUGGCUCUGCUCUCCGUAACCGCCUCCGCCGACGACGUCGUCGUGCUCUCUGAAGAUAACUUCGAGAAGGAAGUUGGUCAGGACAAAGGCGCUCUCGUCGAGUUCUACGCUCCUUGGUGUGGACACUGCAAGAAGCUUGCUCCGGAAUAUGAAAAGCUCGGUGGCAGCUUCAAGAAAGCCAAAUCUGUUUUGAUUGCCAAGGUGGACUGUGAUGAGCAUAAGAGUGUGUGCAGCAAAUAUGGAGUUUCUGGGUACCCAACUCUUCAGUGGUUUCCAAAAGGAUCUCUGGAACCCAAAAAGUAUGAAGGGCCACGCACUGCAGAAGCACUUGCUGAGUUUGUAAAUACAGAAGGAGGAACCAAUGUAAAGAUUGCUACGGCUCCAUCCAGUGUAGUGGUGCUAACAGCGGAAAAUUUUAAUGAGGUUGUCUUGGAUGAAACCAAAGAUGUCUUGGUUGAGUUUUAUGCACCAUGGUGUGGACAUUGCAAAAGCCUUGCUCCUACUUACGAGAAAGUUGCCGCAGCAUUUAAAUUGGAUGGAGAUGUAGUGAUUGCUAAUCUGGAUGCUGAUAAAUACAGAGAUCUGGCAGAAAAGUAUGAGGUGAGUGGAUUUCCUACCUUGAAGUUCUUCCCAAAGGGUAAUAAAGCUGGUGAAGAGUAUGGAGGUGGAAGAGACUUAGAUGACUUCGUGGCUUUUAUCAAUGAGAAAUCUGGAACAAGUAGAGAUGGAAAUGGACAGCUUACUUCCAAGGCUGGUCUAGUAGAAAGCUUGGAUGUCUUGGUAAAGGAGUUCGUAGCUGCCAGUGGCGAAGAGAAGAAGGCUGUGUUUUCACGAAUCGAAGAGGAGGUUGGGAAGCUCCAAGGUUCUGCUGCAAGGCACGGGAAGAUUUACUUGAAAGCUGCCAAGAAUCAUUUGGAGAAAGGUUCAGAUUAUGCUAUGAACGAAAUCCAACGCCUAGAGCGCAUUCUUGCCAAGUCUAUCAGCCCUGCGAAGGCAGAUGAAUUCACCCUUAAGAAGAACAUCUUGUCGGCGUAUGCCUAAAGACUGAAAGCUAAUGGUGCAAUUGACCACCUUUUCUCCUGGAAGCUAAUGUUGUGUUCUACAGCAGCUCGCAUGAUGAUUGCUUUACUGAGAUUGAAAUUGCUGGGAGAUUUUCAACGUCUAGACUUUGUAGUGCUUACUUUGAUUAUGUUUAAAUAACCCUGUGAUAUAUAGCAAUUUUGGGGUAAAGAGGAUUAUCAUUCUUCUUCCCCAUUGUAGUUUACCUGAGAACGAUUUUUGGAAGGCCCGGAACUUUUUUACCACAUGUUUUCUUUUGUCAUAUGAUGAUUACAGGACCAUUAUCUUUUCAA